AUGGUACUUGGUAACGAGCAUCACGAGCUUCGCCCCCUGCCAGUAUUGUCACCAGCAGCAACAGUCUCUCGAAGAAGUUCCAUGCAGGCCUCGGCACCAGAAAUCCAGAAUUACAGACAUUCAGGGAACGGACAACAGCUUGCCCCCGUAGAUGGAGGAAUCGCAGCAUGGCGACUACUCGGUGCAGCUUUCGUAUUUGAGACAUUGUUAUGGGGGUUUCCGUUGUCCUUUGGUGUUUUCCAGGAUUACUACUCAAGAAUCCCAGCCUUUGCUAGCAACCCUUACAUCGGCGUCGUUGGCACAAUAGCAUCUGGCCUUGGGUAUAUAGGUGCACCGUUUAUUAUGCCAUUCAUCCAGCGACAUCAGCGUUGGCGACGGCAGAUGAUUUGGAUCGGUUGGCCAAUCUGUAUUGGCGGACUAGUAGCAGGUUCUUUUGCUAAUACGCUCGAGACCUUGAUAUUGACUCAAGGUGUUGCUUACGGCGUUGGGUUUCUGAUCCUUUACUACCCCAUACUCAUCAUGGUGAAUGAAUAUUGGAUAUCGCGUCGGGGUAUGGCCUACGGUCUACUCUGCGGUGCUUCGGGAGUCUCUGGCGCCAUCAUGCCCUUUGUUGUACAAGCUCUCCUCGCAAAGUACGGAUAUCAGACAACACUCCGCGCCAUAGCUGUUGGUCUGGCUGUAAUGACUGGUCCUUUGAUUCCCUUCCUAGAUGGCCGCCUGCCGCCCUCUGAGCAUGUCAAUACGCCCAAAACGAAUUGGUCCUUUUUCAAGAGCCCUCUCUUCUGGCUGUAUUCCGUGUCCAAUGUGUUUCAAGGCUUUGGCUAUUUCUUCCCCUCGCUAUAUCUCCCAUCUUUCGCAACUUCGCUCGGUCUUGGCGAGAAAUCUGGACCAAUCCUCCUGGCUAUCAUGAGCAUAUCCCAGGUUGUAGGGCAAUUUGCUUUCGGGUAUCUUUCAGACCGCAAGAUGCCGCUCGAUGUUCUGGUCUGCACGUCCACUCUCAUGGCUGCUGUGGCCACUCUCACUGCAUGGAGGCUGGCCAACUCCUUUCCCAUCUUAGUUGUCUUUACUAUUCUCUAUGGGUUCUUUGGAGCCGGCUUUACUGCCACCUGGGCAAAGAUGAGCACCACAAUCACAGAUGACGUGACUGCAGGACCAAUUGUUUUUGGUUUGCUCAACUUAGGCAAAGGUAUUGGGAAUGUCCUUGCAGGUCCGAUCGGGGGUCUCCUGGUUUACAGCAGCAGUGCCCCUCAGCACUCGUCGACUACCACGACUUUGACCGAGUCAUCGUAUCAUUGGUGA